AUGCUCUUGUGGGAUUGGUUCAUCAAACUUACUGUCUAUUUGAAAGUUUGGCCAACGAAGGCUUCGCCAACAAUUGUCUAUGUUGGCACAUACAGUGGAGAUGGACCUACGGAUAGUAAAGGCAUCUAUGCUUUUGCAUUAGAUGAAAGUAAAUCAACUCUAACCCCACUCGGGUUAUCGGUAGCCACAACAAAUGCAUCUUACGUUCUUGUUCAUCCGUCACAUAAAUAUCUUUACGGAGUUAAUGAACAAGAUGAUGGCACCGUAAGUGCAUUUCAGAUCGAUUCAACUAAACCAGAACGUUUAACUUUCAUCAAUCAACAAUCAUCCCGUGGUAGUGGACCAUGUUACUUAUCAACCAAUCGAGUCGGUGAAUACCUAUUCGUAGCUAAUUACAACAAUGGAACUGUUGCUGUUCUACCUAUUGAUUCAAAUGAUGGUAGUAUUAAACAAUCAACUGGUUUUGAUCAACAAAAAGGUUCAUCAGUGGAUCCAAUUCGACAAACGUCGGCUCACGCUCACUGCAUUCUUCUUGACAAACGAGAACAAUAUGCUGUCAGUGCUGAUUUAGGUUCGGAUCAAAUCUAUCAUUAUCGAUUCUUUCCAAAUAAUGGUUCAAUCCUACGAACAUCAAUUACGAAGGCAGCAAGACUCGGUGAUGGACCACGACACCUUAUCUUCAAUUCUAAUCAGAAAUAUGUUUAUCUUAUGAAUGAAUUAAAAUCAGAGAUCACCGUAUUCAACUAUUUUCCAACUAUGCAACCAAUUCAAAUCAUUUCGACACUUCCGGAAAACUACACAGCAACGAACACUGGCGCUGAAAUUCUUCUCCAUCCGACAGCGGAGAAAUAUCUCUAUGCAUCCAAUCGUGGUCACGAUUCGAUUGCAGUUUUCUCUGUUGAUAGUGGCACAGGUCAUCUCACCCUUAUUCAACAUAUUAGCGUUCAAGGACAUACACCGAGAAAUUUCAAUAUUUCGCCAAAUGGAAAAUUUUUAAUCGUAGCCAAUCAAGAUUCCAACAAUCUAGUUCUCUUUACUAUCGAUGAAAGCACGGGAAAAUUAAGUUCAACCGGAUCCAGCGUCGAAGUUAGUAAGCCUACCUGUGUGAAAUAUUUAGUUCAAUAA